AUGAAGUGGGAGGAAGAAGGCUUCUCACGUUACGACGUGGACGAACAUGGGAAUCCUAUUACCUUUGAGCAAUAUGAUCAAAACAAGCCGCUCAAAGGCAAACUGAACUUCCUCACCAGGGGCGAGCUUAAAUUACUUUUGAUUGCUGGUGUCGGUUUCUUCCUCGACUCUUACGAUUUAUUCAUUAUCAAUCUCGUUACACCCGUCUGGAUCGACGAAUACUGGGGCGGCAAUGCAUCAUCUUAUCCCUUUUUCCUCCGCGGUUGCGUCAACGGUGCAGCAAAUUUCGGCAAUGUCAUCGGUCAACUUUCUUUUGGCUUCCUCGGCGAUGCUUUUGGCCGUCGUUUCGUUUAUGGCAAAGAACUCAUCAUUUGUAUCAUCGGCAUGAUUAUGGUCAUCAGUUUACCUAACAGCAUCCCAACACCUCAUAAAAAGAUGGUUUGGAUUCUUUGCUGGCGUAUAUUCAUGGGAGUGGGUAUCGGUGGAGAUUAUCCAAUGUCCGCUUCUAUUACCUCUGAGCGUACCCACCUGCGUCGUCGAGGUAUUCUCCUUGGUUUCAUCUUCUCUAACCAGGGAUGGGGUACUCUGGCCGGAUCUAUCGUCACAAUCGUUGUUCUAGCAGCUUUCCAGAAAGCUUUGAACGUUGAUGGACACGAAGGCCAACUUGACGCAGUUUGGCGUAUCCAAAUGGGUGUUGCAAUCAUCCCUGCUAUCGCUACUCUUUGGCCCCGUCUUACUAUGCCUGAGGGUAAGCAGUUCCUACAGUCCCAGGAACUCAACUCGGCUUCGACAUCUAGCGCCUCAGUCGACGCUCAAUCUCCUAGAAAGGUUGUCGAAGCUGGUUCCAAUGGUUCUGACACUGAGGAUUCUGGCAUGGCUCGUAAGGGAUCGAUGGCACCUAACGCCGGCGUCGCACCUCCCGCAUUUGUCUCUGGCUCUGAAGUUCAAGAAGCUAAGUUUAAUACCUUCUUCGUCUACUUUAGCGAAUGGAGACACUUCAAGACUCUAUUUGGAACCGCUAUGACAUGGUUUUUGGUCGAUAUCGCCUUUUAUGGGAUCAAUUUAAAUCAAUCCUUCAUUCUUUCUGCCAUCGGUUUCACUACCGGCAAGAACAACUACCACAAGCUUAUGAAAAAUGCUUUGGGUAAUCUCAUCAUCGCUGUUGCCGGUUAUGUUCCCGGAUACUUCUUUACAAUCGCGUUUAUCGAAAUCCUUGGCCGGAAAACAAUCCAGAUUGGUGGUUUCCUUAUCACCGCUUUGCUAUUUGGUGUCCUAGCUGGCGAUUAUCAUAACAUCCCCACCGCCGGAAAAUUUGUUUGCUUCGCCUUCGCACAGUUCUUCUUUAACUUCGGACCAAACGCCACAACUUUCAUUGUUCCGGCUGAAGUUUUCCCAUCUCGUGUCCGUGGUUUCGCACACGGUCUUAGUGCUGCCGUCGGCAAGCUCGGAGCUAUCUUAUCUGCCAUCCUCUUCAAUUGGCUUGCGUCGUACAAGAUCGGACUGCCUAAUGUGCUCUGGAUCUUCUUCGGGUGCAAUAUUUUGGGAGCUAUCAUCACAUACUUCUUCAUCCCAGAAACUAAGGGACGUGAUGCAGAUGUUGUCGAUUACGAGGAAUGGUUGGAGGCCAACCCUGGCGCAAAGCCCAACACUAGAAGAGCUGAAGGAAUGUUGGGCGGAAAAGGUCCAGCUAGCGAUCUAGAGAGGGAGCCUGAGAAGAUUGAAGCUUAA